AUGCCUAAACAGGUCAACCCCACAGAGAUUGCCGUCAUUGGGUUCGGUGUAGCUGGUCUUGCGACCGCAACAAGAUAUCAGCUAGCGGAAGGUGUCAAGGUCACGAUGUAUGAGCGCAAUACCCUCGCCGGGGGUAUCUGGACCUCUCGCCACCCAGACAGCAUAUAUGAGAGCGCUAUCUACGACAAUCUCUCGGCGAAUGUUCCUCGGCAACUAAUAGAGUACUCGCAUUGGCCGUGGCCGAGCGAUGAACCAGCAUUUCUCUCGUCUGAGCGCCUCUCAAAAUAUAUGACAAGUUAUUUCGAGGUCUUACAGCUGAGGUUCCGUGACGCCUUCGAGACAAAAUUCAAUGCAACGGUUACCUUUGUUUGCCGCACCAAUGUCGGAAGGAAAUGA